AUGGCUUCCGAAUCCAGACUCUACGUCUUCAGCCAAGAGAGUAAAGACCACUUGCGAAAAUUCCGUCUCGGAACGUCGAGGGCUAGUACGCCGAAUGCCGUGAUCUAUCUGAUCGACAAGAAUACUCUGGAAAUCAAGCAGGAUGAAGAGAAGACCGUCUACAAGAGUUUGGAGGAGAUAGGGGAUGACUUGCCAGACCAUUCGCCAAGAUUUGUCCUGCUGAGUUAUCCAUUGACACUGCCUUCCGGACGACUAUCAGUACCGUACGUCCUGCUUUAUUAUCUACCGGUGACCUGCAAUGCAGAGCUGAGGAUGGUAUACGCUGGUGCCAAGGAGCUGAUGAGGAAUACGGCGGAGGUGGGAAAGGUAAUCGAGAUUGAUUCUGCAGAAGACUUGGAAGAAUUGCCAUCGAAGCUUGGUGCGGCAUAA